GAAAGAAGAGGGCAUAUAUGAAAAGAAAUUAUUAAUUUUGGGGUUACAAAUUCACAAAAAAAUAUAAAUUACAAUACACAAUCAUCAACAACAGCUACGGUUUGCUGUUCUUCAACACCCACCUUUUCUUUCUUUCUUUUUUAUUUUUGUUUUAUUUAUUUAUUUUUCUUCAUUCUUCAUCUUUUUGGCUACUUGGGUCGAUUCAAUCUCUCUCUUUCCCGUAGAAGAAGGAGCCAAGAUUGUAUUUUUAUAUUUCCCAUCUUGGGUUGCGACAUUUGUUUUUCUUCUGGUAAAGGUGACUGGGAAGAAGAUAAGAGAUUUGAAGGGUGGUGAUUCUUAAGUAAUCUUAAGCUGGUUUGAGCUUUGCAUUUAAUGCUUCUAGAUUUUCCUCCAUUAUUUAUGCUUUGAAAGAGUUUGAUAAGAGCUGGAUUAUUAACACAAGAAGGAGCUUUUGCUUUGCCGUUUUCAGUUAUGAUCAAACAAUUUCUUAACAAACUUCCAAAGAAGCCUUCUAAGUCUUCUGAAAAUCGUGAAGGAGGUGGAACUUCUACCUCUUCUUCAAAUGCUAACAACAGUUCAAGAAGUGGUGAGUUAGCGAGCAAUAGACAUGGGAACCUGGGUAACGCACCUCUAUCAGGCCCUAAUUCUGCUCCAAAUUAUGGAGCCAGUUUUGGGAAUAGGCUUAACCAGGCUGUGAAUUCAAGGCUAAAUGGAAAUUCACUGGCUUCUUCAUACGAGGCAUUGCCUAGUUUUAGAGAUGUUCCGAAUUCGGAGAAGCAGAAUUUAUUCAUAAAAAAGCUGAACAUGUGUUGUGUUGUAUUUGACUUCACUGACCCAACAAAGCACCUGAAAGAAAAGGACAUUAAGCGACAGACAUUGGUAGAACUUGUGGAUUAUGUUGCAUCUGCUAAUGGAAAAUUCUCAGAAACUGUCUUGCAAGAGAUUGUAAAAAUGGUGUCUGCGAAUUUGUUCAGAGUACUUACAUCUCCUCCUCGUGAAAACAAAGUCUUAGAAGCCUUUGAUGUAGAGGAUGAGGAGCCCUCAAUGGACCCGGCAUGGCCACACCUGCAAGUUGUGUAUGAAUUCUUUCUAAGGUUCGUGGCAUCAGCUGAGACAGAUGCAAAAUUGGCUAAGAGGUACAUUGACCACUCCUUUGUUCUCAGGUUGUUAGACCUUUUUGAUUCAGAAGAUCCCAGGGAGAGGGAUUACUUGAAAACAGUUCUUCACCGUAUUUAUGGAAAAUUCAUGGUGCACCGGCCAUUCAUCAGGAAAUCAAUCAAUAAUAUCUUCUAUCGUUUUAUUUUUGAGACUGAGAAGCAUAAUGGGAUUGCUGAAUUAUUGGAGAUUUUGGGAAGUAUCAUUAAUGGAUUUGCUCUGCCAUUGAAAGAAGAACAUAAGCUUUUUCUUGUUCGAGCUCUUAUUCCACUUCAUAAGCCAAAAUGUAUACCCAUGUACCACCAGCAGUUAUCUUAUUGUAUCACACAAUUCGUGGAGAAAGAUUGCAAACUUGCUGAUACAAUUAUUCGGGGUUUGCUAAAAUAUUGGCCUGUAACAAAUAGUUCUAAGGAGGUCAUGUUCUUAGGUGAGCUGGAGGAAGUCUUAGAAGCAACUCAGCCUGCCGAAUUCCAGCGCUGUAUGGUACCCUUGUUUCGCCAGAUUGCUCGUUGCUUGAGCAGUUCACACUUUCAGGUGGCAGAGAGGGCUUUGUUUUUAUGGAACAAUGAUCACAUUGAGAACCUAAUUAAACAGAACCGCAGAGUCAUACUGCCAAUUAUAUUCCCUGCAUUAGAGAGAAAUACAAGAAACCAUUGGAACCAAGCUGUACAGAGCCUCACACUAAAUGUCCGGAAGAUAUUUUCUGAUGUGGACCCAGAACUUUUUCAGGAGUGCUUGCUCAAGUUUCAGGAAGAUGAAGUGCAACAGAAGGACGUCAGUUCAAAACGUGAGUCUACAUGGAAACGCUUAGAAGAGAUUGCAGCAAAGAAAGCCACUAGUAACGAACCGGUUCUUGUUUCCUUCAAAAUAGCUCGCGCACCUUCUAGCUAGCUAGUUGAAGAUGGCCAUCUAACAGCGGUUUCAGUAUGCCAAUGGUAUUCAAGUCAUGGUUUGAAGGAUGCCACUGUUCGGGCACUCGCAGCCCCAUUUUGAUCAUGUACUAGAGAUUGUAUAUAUAUUUGAUUGGUUGGAAUAGAACAAAUGGGUGUUGCACAGGCGUCCAAUCAGAGAUAUGGUUAGUGUAAUUGAUCCGUUUGCCAUCCAUGUUUCUAAAGGUAACAGAUAAGAAUCGACUUUUGACAUGAUGGUGGUUACAAUUUGAAUUUGGUUUAAUGGAAGUAUGCUCAAUCUUGAUUUA